GCGCCGACCGGAGACCAUUACGCUAAAGACAUGAACCAUUGGGUACUUCACGCCAUAUACUAUCCGCCACUCUUGAGGUCAGCGACUGUCAAGAAGUUUAUGGUUGGAUACGAAAUGCGGCUCAACGACUGCGAGAAACGCCAGAAAUUCAUUACAAAAAAAGAGAUUAAAUGAAGACAAUUGUUAAGAAUAUAUUUACAAAUUAUUUAAUUGUUUUUUGAGUAAUUGAUUACAUUAUUAAAAGUAAAUCAGAGUUAAUACAACUAGUUUAGGGGAAAUAUAAUAGAAAUGAAAUAAUAAAUUGUACUCA